UUAUUAUCACUUGGACGAACAUUUCGAAACGGUUUUGUUAGGAAUUACAAUUGCACCUUUAAUAUGUUGCACUCUGUGGAAAGGUCAAGGGAAAAUUCCUAGCGUGCAAACUCAGCCAGGCAUUUCCAAAAACAGCGCGCUAUUUGCAGCAUUACUUGUUGACGCACAGAUACAGCUAUAUAGUGUACAGACUAGCGGAAACCCGUGCCUAAUACCUUCACUCGGAAUUGUGCUAGUUUGUGCCGGCUGGAUUUCAAAGAUUUGAAUCUGCACCUAAAGCUUGGAGUAUCCUGCAAUCAUGUCUCUCCGGUCGGCGAGAGCGGCAUACAAUGCGGUAGCAUUCUUGGGACGACUCGGUGGUUCUGGCGCACCCAAAGCGGAGAUACCUAAAACACCGGGUAUUGAUGAGCAGAGGGUGAAGUCGGUGGACUUGUUGACGGCCAAGAACCAGCCUGCUCACCAUACUGACCCGUACGAGUACGGGGGCCUGGUGGUGAGGCGCGGCCAGGCCUUCGAUGUGGAAAUCACGCUGGCCAAGAAUGACGACGCAGUUGUCCUGACCGUCGAAUUGUGGUGGGGAGAUAAACCAAUGGCGUCUCACGACAACUUUAUCGUCAUCCCCGUGCGUGCAAUUGGUGGAGCAAGUGAUGACGUCGACGAGUGGGCUGCAAAGGUCACGGGAGUUCAAGAGACCAAAAUGACCGUGAGGAUCUCCUCUCCAUCCACCUGUCAGAUUGGCCGGUACAAAAUGGCGGUUAAAACAAGUGUAGGUGAAACAAAUGAUUUCCGCUUCGAAUUGGAGGGCCACAUCUACGUGCUUUUCAACCCCUGGUGUAAAGACGAUGAUGUGUUCAUGCAUAACGAGGAACAGAGGAAGGAAUACGUUCUGAAUGACAUGGGAAUGUACUUCUAUGGAAACAGCAAAUACGUUGGCUCUUCACCCUGGUAUUUUGGCCAGUUUGAGUUGGGCAUCAUGGAGUGUGUGGUGCGUCUUCUGGAAAGUGCUGAGAAGCGAUUUGGUGCUUAUUCAAGUUCAAUCGAGAUAUCCAGACUGCUAUCUGCUCUUGUCAACUCGCCGGAUGAGGGCGGCAUUCUCGUGGGCAACUGGAGCGGUAACUACGAAGGUGGCACGGAGCCCACUGCUUGGUCUGGCAGUGCAUCGAUCUUCGAGGAGUUCAUCAGAACAGGACAGCCGGUCAAGUAUGGCCAGUGCUGGGUGUUUGGGGGUCUUCUCACAACAGCUCUUCGUGCCGUUGGUAUCCCGGCCCGUACCAUCACCAACUUCUCCUCCGCUCAUGAUGCCGAUGCUAACUGCUUACUGGACUAUCAUUUCGAUAAGGACGGGAAAUCACUCAACACGGCCGACAGUGUCUGGAACUUCCAUGUCUGGAACGACGCUUGGAUGGCCCGGCAUGACUUACCAAAAGGCUACGGGGGAUGGCAGGCUGUGGACUCUACUCCACAGGAAUAUAGCGACUAUGUUUUCCGUUGCGGACCUGCCUCCUUGACCGCUAUCAAGAGCGGUCACGUCUACCUGAGCUAUGAUACCAAGUUCGUGUUCGCUGAAGUCAAUGCAUGCAAAGUCAAGUGGAUGAUCAGCACAGACUACUCGGUGGCGCCCAAGAUCAUAAGUAUUGAAACUGACGCAGUUGGAACUAGCGUCUUGACAAAAGCUGUUGGAAAGAUGGAGAGAGAAGAUAUCACCUCGCAGUACAAACCAGAGGAAGGUUCCAUCAUGGAGUACCUGAGUCUGUUCACUGCCGACAAGCACGUGGACAGUCUCAAGAAACUGAUCGCCGAGCCUGGCAAGGACACGAACCUAGACAUCAACCUGCCAGAAGACGUCCUAAUCGGCAAAGACUUCACCGUCAAAGCCAAGUUCAAGAAAACUUGCCCCGUCAGCGAGUUGCGGAGCGUGACUCUUUACAUCUCGUGCACCAGCAUGUACUACACUGGCGUCAAGGCUAAACUGGUCUUUGAGUCCCAGGACUCGGUUGAGAUCAAAGACGCAGAAGCAGUCCAUGAGUGGCAGGUGAAGGCAAUCGACUAUCUGCCCAACCUCGUAGACCAGGCCAACCUCCGCUUCCAGGUCACCAUGUUUGUUGCGGAGACCAACCAGAUCGCCAACAAAGGCUCAGACUUCCGCUUGAUCAAGCCUGACCUCGAGGUGCAGGUUCCUAAGACGGUAGCCGCUGGUACAUCAUUCACCGUCGAUGUCAAGUUCACCAAUCCGCUGUCAACAAUUCUCCAUGGAUGCUUCUUCCAUACCGAAGGACCUGCUGUGCUAUUGCAUAAGAAGGAAGCAUUCAGAAACAUCAAAGGCAACGAAACGGUCCAGUACCAAGUCACUGCUGUAGCCAAGAAGCCGUCGGGGACCAAGGAAAUCCUGGUGUCCUUCUCAUCCUUGGAUCUGAUUGGUGUUAUGGGAAAGGCCUUUGUAAACAUAGUUUAAUCGGCCAAUAACAGUAGCUAGUGAGAUAAUUAUGCAAAGAAUGGCACUAUCUGAUUGGUGUCUUUGUUGAAGCAUUUGUCAAUAUUAUUUUAUUGUCCAAUCACAGCAGCCAAAGAGGCAAUUAUGGUAAUUAUGCAAAGAACGGCACUGUUGGAUUUGUGUCUUGGUUGGGGAAACUAUUUGACAAAAAAAAUUAACCGUCAAAUCACAGCAGUCUUUCUAAACUAUAAGCCUUACAUGAUUACGGAACCAAUUUGGAUUGAACUUGAGGCGCUAACUGUUGUUUUGAUUUAACCAUCAUUAGUACUAGUCCUAUGUGGAUAAAUAAACAGAUAUGCUUAGAUUUCUUGUAUAAUUUUGAAAACAAAAAGAUACGUACUUUGUAGAGUCUUAGAGCUAAUGAUAUAAAUUUGGUAUAAAGUACUCUAUUUGAUUACAUUAGUACGGUACUAAGGGUAUUUAAAGCAUAGAUUCAUUUCACGCAUUUGUAAUAUGCAUACGUGAUUCAGAAUUGGCAGGAGGUAUUUUCAAUAGCUUGUUUUAAGAGUGCCGCUUUAAUGGUCACCGUCUGUCAACGAACGAAUGGCCGUGACCUUGAAUUAGAAAGGUCAAAGCGACAUCUCCUGCUGGUGCAUGGGAACUAUAAGGACGAUCUUAUACGAGUUCAUCUAACGAUCUGGUUCUUGCAAGUGUAAUCUCUGAUGACGCAAUUCGAAAGAAUUUUAGAGUUGGAAAAAUCCAUUCGAGAUGUUUCAUGUAGUUAUGUACCGUUGGGUAUAAAUUUGUCAAGAGUUGGCUUGGCGAGAAUGUGAUAAUUGUUUUGGACCUGACACGGGAGUCGAUAUGUACUCCACUAGGCUAAUCUCUUUUCAAAAAGGAUAGUUUGAUGUUAUGAAAGUAAUUGAACUUUAUAAACAGUUGAUUUUAUCCCGCCGAUAUGUUGUUAUAAUUCUAACGAUUAUAUUAAGCAAGAUAUUCGAGCAAGUGGGGAAGCCAAUAGAUGGCAAAGAUACACAUCCGCCAACGAAGAGACGGGCCCGGGACCUUCAGACAAAGACAUUCAAUCGUUUUAAUUUCAUAUUCGUACUUGCAGUACUUUUUAAUAUAUCACUGCACGAUCAGAAAAAUAUAUAUAUAUUUUUUUCUUAAAUUAAAUCUUAGAAAAGAAAUGUGGUACUGGUAGAGUAUGCAAAGUUUUAGAGCCAAAAACGCAAGCCUAAAAGAGUGAGUUUGAGAAACAAACAGUACACAAAAUUCUAUUAAUAAAAUAUUAUGUUAUUUUAAUUUGGAAAAAAAAUA